AGAUAAUAGCGUUGAUGCAAAUAUGUAUAAUGAUGAAUAUAGAUAUCCUUCAUCAAGGGAUAAUACAUUCUCAAGUGAAGAUGAACAAUCUGAAAUAUUAGAUAAAUGCAACAAUAUGAAACAUAACGAUAGAUUUUUAGCAGAUAUUAUUACAUGGGUGAAACAAUGUAAACCUCCAGGAAGUACUGUUAAUUCCCUUCUGAAAAUUUUAAGAAAACAUACAAAUGUAGCUUUCCCGAAUGAUUAUAGAACCCUUCUUAAAACUCCUACGUGUACGGAAGUGGCUAUUAUUGACAAUGGCCAAUAUUGGCAUUACGGAUUAAAAAAUUCAAUUAUGCGUCUGUUAAUGAACUGUGAGGAAACUGAUUAUUCAGAAAAUAGACACAUUGAUCUUUUGAUAAACAUUGAUGGGGCAACAUUAGGAAAAAGUACAGAAAAAAGCAUGUGGCCAAUUUUGUGCUCUGAUACUGUUUCAAAAAAUGUUGCUGUAGUCGGUAUAUUUUAUGGAGAAGGAAAACCUAAAAAUUGUAAUGUAUUUCUUAAUAAAUUUGUACAUGAAGCAACAGAGUUAAUUAAUAAUGGUAUUAUUGUCAAUAAUAAUCAUUACAGUAUUAAGUUAAAAGCAUUAAUAUGUGAUGCUCCUGCUAAGGCAUAUGUGUUGCAAGUGAAAAAUCAUACUGGUUUUAACAGUUGCACAAAAUGCGUUGUUGAAGGUGAUUAUAUAAACAAUAGAGUGACUUUUCCUGGAGGUGCACAUAAUACUUUAAGAACAAAUGAACAGUUUCGAGAUUAUGCUUAUAAUUUUGACUAUCAAUUAGGUGAAACUAUUCUAACGAAAAUUCCACAUUUUGAUUUUGUUAAAAAUGUUCCUCUUGAUUACAUGCAUCUUGUAUGUUUAGGAAUCAUGAGAAAAUUAUUAUUUUUGUGGUUAAAUGGACCACUUACUGUAAAACUUUCCGCAAAUGAUGUAAACAAAAUAUCCAAUAGAUUAAUCAAGUUAAGGAAAAUUAUACCAUUAGAUUUCAACAGAAAACCAAGAACAUUAAAAUAUAUAAAAUUAUGGAAGGCAACAGAAUUACGUCUUUUCCUUUUGUAUUUAGGACCAGUGGUUUUAAAAAACAUAUUACAAAAAAACUUGUAUGAACAUUUUUUAACUUUGCAUGUUGCAAUCACAAUUUUAGCAAGUCCAAGUUUGUCUUCAGAUCCUUUAAAUAUCACGUACGCAGAAGAUUUGCUGCGGAAUUUUACUGAACAGUUUGAGACAUUAUAUGGAGAGCAAUACAUUAGCCACAAUGUGCAUAAUUUAUUGCAUCUUGCAGCAGAUGUUAGAGAACAUGGACCGUUAGAUAACUUUAGUUCUUUUCGGUUCGAAAAUUACAUUAAUAUAUUAAUGAAAUAUGUUAGAAAAGGAGAAAAGCCUUUACAACAAAUUGCGCGGCGAAUAAUUGAAUAUGACUUGCCUGUUAAAAAUACAAAAAUGAAAUUUUCCUAUUUACUUGAAAAACGACAUUAUGAUGGUCCUUUAGAUGCAUAUUGUGACAUGUUAUAUGUAAAACAAUAUAAAUCUAUAAUGAGAUUGUUAACCAAAAGAGGAGGGCGAAGUGCAUAUGAACUUGCAACCAAUAUUUUAGCGAAGGUAUUCACAAACAGUUUUGCUGCACAAUAUAGUUAUUAUGGAAAACAGAAAAAGAAGCCUUUAUCCGAAUUAAAAAUCACCAAAUGUAUUAUUGAGGCAGUUUCACAUUCUUACCAAGACAUUAAAGAACACGAUGUGGAAAAAAAAAUAGGCAAUUGGUUAGCAAAUGCUCCAACACGAGUUUUGAGAGAAAGAAUAAAGAAAGAAGUAGAAGCUAAUAAAAAUAAAGAAAAUGUUAACCAAGAUGAAGAGGAAUUAGAUUCUCCGUAAAAUAAUAUAUAUAUACAUUUAUAUUUUUCUAUAUUUUUUUAUAUACAU